UUCCGGACCCAUGGACAUCUAACUAAUGCAUAACUCCAAAACAUUAGUAUUUUAUUAGAAUCCCCAUUAGCUUCUGCCAAGGCAGCCAUUACUCUUCCUGGGGUCCAAACAUGAACAAAACAAUACAUCACAACAAAACAAUAGUCUACACCAUAAAUAAAACAACACAUUACACAAUACAUUGUGCACUAUACACAUUUGCAUAUCUGCUCCACCUUUACAAAUGUACAGUACAAAAUGUACAAUAUUACAAUGUGUGGGUGUGUGUCUCUUCACAGUUCGCGUUGUGCCUUGAGGUUUUGUUUUAUCUGGGGGUUUUUAAAUCUGAUUUUACUGCUAGCUUGAAUUACCUAAUGUGGAAUAAAGUUCCAUGUAGUCAUGGCUCUAUGUAGUACUGUGUGUUUCCCAGCCUCUGUUCUGGACUUAGGGACUGUGAAGAGACCACUGGUGGCAUUUCUUGUGGGGUAUGUAUGGCUGUGUGAGGUGUGUUAGCUGUUUGAACAGACAGUUCGGUACUUUCAGCACGUCAAUACCUGUCACAAAAUCAAGUAGGUAUGAAUACAAUCUCUCCUCCCCUUUGUGCCAGGAGAGAUUCACUUUGAUUUUCUUGAUAUUAGCCCUCAGUGUACAUUUAAGGGCGAACCGUGCUGCUCUGUUUUUGGCCAAUUGCCUAUGUCCAUCUUUGCAGCAUUUGAUCAUAUAACUCGGCAGUAGUCCAGGUGUGAUAAAAACACAUAUGUAUGAUAUUAAUUUGAGCCCGUUUGCUACAGCAGGAAUUGAAUCCUGCAGCAACAGAAAAUGUUUCCCCGGCUGUUUGGCGCCGACAGAGAUGAACGCUUCGCGUUCUUAGGAAACUAUGCAGUAUUUCUUUUUUUUAACAAAUUAUUUCUUACACUGUUACCCCAGGAAAUCUUAAGUCUUAUUACAUACAGCCGGGAGGAACUAUUGGAUAUAAGAGCAACAUCAACUUACCAACAUUACGACCAGGAAUACGACUUUCCCGAAGCGGAUCCUCUGUUUGGACCACCACCCAGGACAAUGGAUGGCAGCUUCAUUAAAUAGUACCUGCAAAACACCUGUCUCAAGUCAACAGUGAAGAGGCGACUCUGGGAUGCUGGCCUUCUAGGCAGAGUUCUUCUGUCCAGUGUCUGUGUUCUUUUGCCCAUCUUAAUCUUUUCUUUCUAUUGGCCAGUCUGAGAUAUGGCUUCUUCUUUGCAACUCUGCCUAGAAGGCCAGCAUCCUGGAGUCGCCUCUUCACUGUUGACGUUGAGAUUGGUGUUUUGCGGGUACUAUUUAAUGAAGCUGCCAGUUGAGGACUUGUGAGGCGUCUGUUUCUCAAACUAGACACUAAUGUACUUGUCCUCUUGCUCAGUUGUGCACAGAGGCCUCCAACUCCUCUUUCUAUUCUGGUUAGAGCCAGUUUGCACUGUUCUGUGAAGGAAGUAGUACACAGCGUUGUACAAGAUCUUCAGUUUCUUGGCAAUUUCUUGCAUGGAGUAGCCUUCAUUUCUGAGAACAAGAAUAUACUGACGAGUUUCAGAAGACAGUUCUUUGUGUCUGGCCAUUUUGAGCCUGUAAUUGAACCCACAAAUGCUGAUGCUCCAGAUACUCAACUAGUCUAAAGAAGGCCAGUUUUAUUGCUUCUUUAAUCAGCACAAAAGUUUUCAGUAGUUCUAACAUAAUUGCGAAAGGGUUUUCUAAUGAUAAAUUAGCCUUUUAAAAUUAUAAACUUGGAUUAGCUAACACAGCGUGCCAUUGGAACACAGGAGUGAUGGUUGCUGAUAAUGGGCCUCUGUACACCUAUGUAGAUAUUCCAUAAGAAAUCUGCUGUUUCCAGCUAUAAUAGUCAUUUACAACAUUAACAAUGUCGACACUGUAUUUCUGAUAAAUUGUAUGUUAUUUUAAUGGACAAAAAAUGUGUUUUUCUUUAAAAAACAAGGACAUUUCUAAGUGACCCCAAACUUUUGAACGGUAGUCUAUGUUUUUUCAGCAGCAGCAUAUCAAUAAUGUCAAAAGCUGCACUGAAGUCUAGCAAAACAGCUCCUACAAUCUUCUUAUUAUCAGUUUCUUUCAGCCAAUCAUCAGUCAUUUGUGUCAAGGCCGUACAUGUUGAGGGCCCUUCCCUAUAAGUGAGUUGAAAGUCUGUUGUUAAUUUGUUUACUGUGAAAUAGCAUUGUACCUGGUCAAACACAUUUUUUUCCAAAAGUUGACUAAGGGUUAGUAGCAGGCUGAUUGGUCGGCUGUUUGAACCAGUAAAGGGUGCUUUGCUAUUCUUGGGUAUCGGAAGUACUUUUACUUCCCUCCAGCCCUGAGACACACACUGUCCUGUAGGCUUAGAUAGAUGGGAGUGGCAAUAGUCCGCUACCAUACAAGUUGUCAGUACCAGACGGUUUGUCAUUACUGAUAGACAGCAAUACUAUUUUAACCUCUUCCACACUCACUUUACAGAAUUCAGAUUCAGUUAUGCAUGAAAAUUAAGGUUUAGAGUUUGUUAUUGGCAUGUCAUGCCUAUGUUUGCUAAUCUUGCCAAGGAAAACGUCAUUAAAGUAGUCAGCAAUAUCAGAGGGUUUUGCAACGUUCAAUUAAUCAGUGCUGUUCUGAACGACCAAAGAAGAAUUUGAAAACAGAGAAAUAUUGAACGACCAAAGAAGAAUGCCUUUGAUAAGAGAAAUAUUGAAUACAGAAUGAAAAUACUUUCUCUUUGGUCGUUAUGACUAAUGGACAACAUACACUGAAUGGACAAAACAUUAGGAACACCUUCCUAAUAUUGAGUUGCACCCCAUCUUGCCCUCUGAACAGCCCUCAAUUUGUCGGGGCAUGGACUCUACAAGGUGUUAAAAGCGUUCCACAGGGAUGCUUCCCACAGUUGUGUCAAAUUGGCUGGAUGUCCUUUGGGUGGUGGAUCAUUCUUGAUACACAAGGGAAACUGAAAAACCCAGCAUACCCCGUUCAAAGGCACUUAAAUAUUUUGUGUUGACCAUCCACCCUCUGAAUGGCACACAUACACAAUCCAUGUCUCAACUGUCUCAAGGCUUAAAAAUGAUUAUUUAACCUGUCUCCUCCCCUUCAUCUAAAUUGAUUGAUGUGGAUUUAACAGGUGACAUCAAUAAGAGAUUCACCUUGAUUCCCCUGCUCAGUCUAUGUCAUAGAAAGACCAGGUGUUUCUAAUGUUACAUACACUCACUGUAUAUGCUUAUGCUACACUUUCAGAGUGCGGUAUCAAUUAAUCCACUCAUUGUGUAGGCCUACCCUCUUCUAAAUUGCUGUAACAAUGAGAAGGAAAUGCCAGAGGCAUGUUUUGUUUGCAUCACUGACCACAGGAACCAGUCACCUAUAAUCAACAUAGUCUAGAAAGAGAAGGUCUUUGUUUUGUACACCGCUUGAAUGAACAGUCACAUCUUGGGAGUAUUUGUCUUCUAAGUCGGUGGGUUGUUUGUCGACUGAUAUUAUAAUGAGUAAUUUGUCAACUGUAAACCUUUUUGUUUAAAUGCUCAUCUGAUUCCUCAAUCUUAAAACAUUCCCACGGUCAUCCACUGUUUCCUGCAGAGACACCUGACACAGCCCCCAUUCUAUCUGAAAGAAGUGGGUCUGUGUCUAUUGUCUCUGUGGUUCCAGCCAAUCAGCUAUAAGGACAGGUAUAAAACCUCUGGGUCUUUUAACAAAGAGAUAGAGGACUCGUGUGAUGACUUCCACCCACCAUGGAGCUGUAAGUCACUUUUUUAUUGCAUCAUGGCCUCUUUGAUUGAUAUAUUCUUUAUAACAAUGUAACAUUUAGGUCAUGUAACAUUUAAUUGAAAUGUUGUGCGUUGUCUUGACUUAGUCUUACUAAGCAUUAGAUUUAACACUGUACAACUAUUUUCUUUAUAAAAGGGAAGGGAAUGGGGGGAUACCUAGUCAACUGUUCAACUGAAAAGGCCAAUGCUCUUUAUUUUUCUCGUAGCUCCCUGUGUUCUCUGUCAGUUCUGACGCUAGUGGCUGUUGUGUUCAUGGUACCAAUGAAAGGUGCCCUUGAUGUUGCUCCCGCUACUCAAAGCACCUCAGGAAAAAUCAAAGGUCCUGAGAACACCUUUAGUAAACCAGCUCCAACCCCAGCAAGACCAAGUCCUUUAAGACCAACAGAGAACUCUGCAGAAAUCUCAAAUGUUACGCAGACUGAAAACUCUGCUUGUUUAACAGAUGUUGUAGACUCAGAGGCCAGAUCCAAAGAGAAAUGCAACUCCGAUGAUCUUACAGAUGCAGAACGAUCUGAAAGUAACUCAGCAGAAAGCAGAGAGGAUUAUGAUGACUCUCAGGGAUCUAAUACAAAGAUGACACAAACUGUGACAGAUGACAGUAGCAGCGACGAGACUGACAGUUCUCCUCCAAGUGAUGUGAGAAAAUACAAACAACCUCCAGGAAGGAGAACCAUAAACCCAGACCAUGUCGACAGCAUGCAGACAACCACCAGGCAGGAUCCAACCAAUGGGAGCGAGGAGCUGGAUAGAGAGACUCAGAGGGACCCCACAGUGGGGAGAGAGAGAACCAGCAGAGUGCUCAUUGAUCUCAACAGUGAAGAGGAUGUGAUGGUGGGCUGUCAGGGUACUGUCUGUGUGCCCGGAGAGCAGGGGACUACAGUCAAUGGAGGUGAAAAUGAUGAGAAUACAAGUCUAAACAGUAGAGAUAUCCAAAGCCAAGAGGUCACAGGCACAGCCACGGAGCAGGCCCUACGUAGGGAUAGUUGUAGGGGUGUAGUGAAUGGAGUGUUGGACACAGCCAGAGAACAGCAGGACUUGGACAGUAUGGAGCAUGUCAAUGGUACUGAUGAAGCCAAGAGUAGAGGUUCAUCUGGCUUCUAUUCUACCAUGAUUCCAAACUACGGCUUUACAAAGAUCCACAGCAGAAUUCUUUAACUACUGAACCUAUAUUAUUGAAAAAUAUCUGAAUGAUUGCUUUCUAUCCUAACAGAAACCAGAGAUGACAUCAGCACUGAGACGAACCCAGUCGGUAGGUUUAGAGGAAACACACAUGAACAAUAAAACAAUCCCAGUAAAAACCCUGAGGUCCCUGAGCACUUCUGUUCAGAUGGUAAGUAGUGUUAUGUGUUCUGGUAAGGGAAGAUACAGAGAAACAGCAGAUUAUUUAUAUCCACCUAAAUAUGUGCUGGAAACACUUUGGUGAGGAAAAUAUCACUUUCUCCUAUUGCGAAACCCACAAAUGUUCUCUAGCAGGUCUGAAAAUAUUUCCUGUUUUGCAAAAAUAUUUAAAUUGAUGUGGUGAAUUUGAAACAUUACCCCAGUGAAUACUUUGUAUAACAAUUUCUGUUUCAAAUAAGACCACUGCUUCUAAGACCUAAGUAGAAACAGACCAGAGGUGUUACCUACCGGAGGUCAACCUACAUCCAUAUUACACAUUCAACAACACACCACGGUUUUCAGACUUAUCUUACCACUCACAGGCACAAUGUUUAAAUCAUACGGAGUGUUCUCCAUGUUGGCUGCUCUGUGUUCUAGUGAUUGGUUAGCCUCCAGGAGCCCCAGCCAGGAGCCCCAGCCAGGAGCUCCAGCCAGGAGCCUGUCAGUGCCAGAGGCUUCCUCCAGGUAGAGUUGGCUCAGCUCUACCCUGCAGGGCCUGUAAAUCUCCCUGCCUCUCACUCGUGUGUCGUCUCCCUCAAGCUCCACCGACUCUACCAGACCGCAGAGUCCCUCUCACACUUAUAUUCAUGACAGAGACGUCAGAAAAUCUGGAUAUUUACCACCAAUUUUUCACUUGAUCUUGAAAUGGUAUAAAUGGUAUUCUGACAGCAGCUGUGCCCCCUGGUCUUACUGCCGGUAGUCAAUUUGAAUUGUAGGUGAAUGGAAAUAAGAUGUUUGGCUCCAAAUUGAUCUGAUGAAAUAAAGGUUUCUCAUAAAGCA